CUCUCUCUCAGUCUCUCCCUCUCAGUCUCUCUCUCAGAGUCUCUCUCCCUCAGUCUCUACCUUCACCACCACCAACCUCACAGCAGCACGGCCAGAGCAGGCAGCUGUCCGGAUGGACGGCACACUGCUCACUUGAUUUCUAUCAGCACCAGUGGCUCUCGGCCUUGGGGGGGUGGGGGGGGAUAUGUUGUUAUUUGCGUAUGUUACGGAAAAGGGGCUGAAAUGAGAGUGUUAUUGCAGCGGUAUGGUUACGAUACCAUUAUAUUGCAGACACAGUCAGCCUGAUUUGCUAUGGUGAUACUACAAGCUAACCACAAGCUAGCAGAGGGAUUGUUUUGGGAGAUACCUUUUUGAAAAAAAAAACUCACACGCUGACACAUGAGUUAGACACUUUUGUGCUCUUUCAUCAAGCUGGAACACAAAGGGGAAUGUCUAGCCAAGGAGUUAGGAGAAAUGGCCCAGUGAAGCUGCGGUUGACAGUCCUGUGUGCAAAGAACCUGGCAAAGAAAGACUUCUUCCGGUUGCCAGAUCCUUUUGCCAAAGUGGUGGUGGAUGGCUCAGGACAAUGCCACUCUACAGAUACUGUGAGAAAUACGCUGGACCCAAAGUGGAAUCAACAUUAUGAUUUAUACAUUGGUAAGGCAGACUCAAUCACCAUCAGUGUAUGGAACCACAAGAAGAUCCACAAAAAACAGGGUGCCGGUUUCCUGGGCUGUGUCCGCCUCCUGUCCAACGCCAUCAACAGAAUCAAGGACACUGGCUAUCAGAGACUGGAUCUGAAUAAGCUGGGCCCCAAUGACAAUGAUACUGUGAGAGGACAAAUAGUCGUAAGUCUUCAGUCCAGAGAUCGCAUUGGGACAGGAGGGCCGGUGGUGGAUUGCAGUCGCCUGUUUGACAAUGACUUACCAGAUGGCUGGGAGGAGAGGAGGACAGCUUCUGGAAGGAUACAGUACCUGAACCACAUCACACGUACCACGCAAUGGGAGAGACCUACCAGCCCCUCUCACAACACAACAUCCCUACCUGCCUCAUCUCCCCUCAACAACACCAUUUCUGCCUCGCUCAAUGCCUAA